UUGAGGUUUUUCCCUUUUUAGCUAGGAAGCAAAACUGGUGACAUGCAUGGGAUUAGAAAUAACAGCAGCUAAAACAAACCGACAUAAAAGUCACUACAAAGGUCAAUAAUCACCGAAUCCGUCACGAAAAAGCUACCACCUCCAUUCAGGUUUCAGACCUAUAAGACACUUCUUUAUCUGAUUUCCCAUAAUCUGAUGCCUGCAGGUAUAUUCCUUUAGCCACUCGGCCAUCUGGCUGCCAUCCACGUGUCAUAGCAAACCCCUGGGGUUGAGAGAUUCCCUAAAGUUGAAUCCAGGGGCACGAUUCAUUAUCAUACCAUAUAUAUGAUUAUGGAUUAGUUAUAUAUUGACAGCUUUUCUUUGCAUACGAGGAAGACGAAGGGAUCUCGUUUUAAAAAUUCUGGGUUGUUGUCUUUCUCAAGUGAGUAUUGUGCUGCUGGAAAUAGCAAAAAUGGGUGCGCAGAGGCUGGGACUGUUUCUCGUUCUGACAUUAUUGGGGUUGGCCUUGCCGGAGUUCUCUGGUGUUGCAGAGGGGUAUAACCGCCCACCGGCCCGGAAGAAUCUCGACGUGCCGUCGGAUACAGAUCCUGACUCCAAUUCUCCAGAACAGGUGCAUAUAUCUCUGGUUGGUGAAGACAAAAUGAGAGUAUCAUGGACGACAAAGAACCCAAGUCCAGCAACAGUGGAAUACGGCACAUCUCCUGGUGCUUAUUCAAGCUCUGCAACUGGAAGUACAACUUCAUACUCCUAUUUAUUGUACCACAGUGGAGAAUUCCAUCAUGUUGACAUCGGUCCAUUGAAUGCCAACACAGUAUACUACUACCGCUGCGGCUCCAGUCCGGGUCCUGAGUUCAGUUUCAAAACCCCUCCUGCUGCCUUCCCUCUCACAUUUGCAGUGGCAGGUGAUCUUGGACAGACUGAGUGGACUAACGAAACCCUCCAACACAUAAGCAAAUCACCAUAUGACGUACUCCUAUUGCCCGGAGACUUGUCCUAUGCUGAUUUCAAGCAAAAUUUAUGGGACUCAUUCGGCCGAUUGGUCCAGCCACUGGCAAGCCAGCGGCCGUGGAUGGUCACAGAAGGCAACCAUGAGGUCGAGAAGAUCCCAGUGGUGCAUUCUGAACCCUUCACGGCAUACAACGCCAGGUGGAGAAUGCCGUUCGAACAGAGUGGGUCGGAAUCCAACCUCUACUAUUCCUUCAAUGUGGCAGGAGUCCAUGUUAUCAUGUUGGGUUCAUACACCGAUUUUGAUCCUGCUUCUUUACAAUACAAGUGGCUACAGACGGAUUUGGCAAAGGUUGACAGGGGGAGAACUCCUUGGGUUGUGGUGCUUAUCCAUGCCCCAUGGUACAACUCUAACGAAGCUCAUCAGGGUGAAUCCGAAUCAAUUGACAUGAAGAGUUCCAUGGAAGAAUUACUCUAUAAAGGUCGUGUUGAUCUUGUUUUUGCAGGACAUGUACAUGCCUAUGAGCGUUUCACUCGAGUUUACAAAGACAAAGCAGAUGAUUGUGGUCCGGUGCAUAUUACUAUUGGAGAUGGAGGCAACCGCGAAGGACUUGCCACAAAGUAUGAAGAACCAAAACCGGCAAUAUCAAUGUUCAGGGAGGCGAGCUUUGGGCAUGGACAGUUGCAGGUAGUGAAUGGAACCCAUGCGCUGUGGACAUGGCGUACGAAUCAGGAUGAUAAUGAGACUGUUGCAAGUGAUAGCAUUUGGCUCACAAGCCUCUUGGCUACUCCUGCUUGUAAAAAGUAGCAAACAGAAUUACAGAAAUUUCUCAGUAUGGCAAGUAAUGAAAAAAAUUUAAAUGAAAUUAAAUAGGACAAUUCUUAGGUUCACUCAUUGGUUGAAUGAGCAUAUUCACCAUCUCUUGCGAUUAAUGUAUAAUAACUUUAUAA